CAUUUUAUUCCAGAUCCUUUUUCUCUCACUUCUGCGUUAAUCUAACCAGAAUUUCCCGCCAUUCCAAAACCAGCUUAGCUUCCUUCACACACUUUUCCCUCAUCCCUCACCGCUCUCUUUCUCUCUCCUCUCUUCUCUCUCUCUCUCUAUACAUAUAUGUAUACAUAUAGAGAGAGAAAAGAUAUAAGGAAAACUCCAACACUGAAAUGGAAGGCAAGUAAGCAAUUACUAGAGUAGAAGAAAGAAAAUGGAAUCCGAUCAAAGAAGAACCAGAAGUCGAAAGCCUCUCUCCAAUUGCACCAACAGAAUUUCCUCCCCCCAAUCGUCGUCGUCUUCAUCCGCUCUCCUCCGCAAGCCCGGAGACCCCCUAUUCUCCGUCCUCGGCGCCACCAAAUCCGCCAAAAAUGACGCCGUCCCCGCCCCCCAUGUCUCCGUUCCCCCGCCGGCGGUUUCUUCCACUCCUUCGCGGCCUCCGAGAUCAUCCGCUGCUCCUGGUAGAGGUGAUUGUGAGGUUUCCGAGCCGUGUUCGGUUUACAGUCGCAGACCGACUGCAGAGAAAUUUAAGAGUCAAGUGAAGCCAUCUGAAAAGCCCAAGUUUCUCUCAGACGUCGGCGCCACCAAAUCCACCAAAAACGACGCCAUCUCGGCUCCCCGUGUCUCCGUUCUCCUGCCGGCGGUUUCCUCCACUCCUUCGCGGCCUCCAAGAUUGUCCGCUGCUUCAAGUAGAGGUGAUUGUGUGGUUUCCGAGCCAUGUUCGGUUGACAGUCGUAGGCCGACUGCUGAGAAAUUUAAGAAUAAAGGGAAGCCGUCUGAAGAGCCUUUGGGCAAGACACAGACUGCUGAGAAAAGGAAGAGCAAAGGGAAGGCUAUUGCCGAGCCACCAAGUUGCCCUCUUGCAACAAAGAUUCAGAAGAUUGGGGAGAAAAUAAAGGAAGAUGGAAGCAAGAGUCUAUCCAAGGCAGGCACAGUUCCGCGUAAAAAGAAGCAGGGUCGUCUACCAUCUAGGAAAUAUUCAUCCAAGAAUGCCUUGUCUAAAGAAUAUAUCGAGCAACAGAGAGCUUACUUUGCAGAAAUUGAUGCGUUUGAACUACCAGAAGAGGAGGUUCACUCGAUUUCAGACUUGGACUAACCGGAAAUUGAUGCGUUUGAACUACCAGAAGAGGAGGUUCACUCGAUUUCAGACUUGGACUAACCGGAAGAGAUACGUAGGAUACCUUUUUGCUGAGCAAUAGGCAGCCUAACCCUUCUGUAUAGUACUUAAUAAAUUGUACUUAACUAGUUCUGAGGAAAUUGCAACCCCUUGCCCAACUACAUUGGCUGAAUUACUUGAGAAUCUUUUUCUUGCAAGCUUAUGCAUCGAAAGUCAUUGUUCUUGACUUACUGUAUAGCCAUAUUUGUGGUUGGGUUUUUGCUCAGUUAUGUGCCAUACCUGCGGUUGUGAAUGUAUGAUCUCAUCAAAUUUUCAACUAAAUAGGAAUAUCCAC